AUGGAACGAAAAGUGCAGUCGAAACAAAAUUCUAAAAAAAGAAAUGUAAAGGAGGGAAGCAGAUUUAUUCAACAAAAACGAAAAGAACUAGCUAUUUUAGUGGACAAGGUUCUUAAAUUAACAAGCAUAUUUCAAGCUACAGGUACAACAAAUAAGAAUUGGGAGCACCAUUUACAAAUUGAAGAAUUAAUUAAAGAAAUUAUUAAUAUUGAAAAACCCCUAAUAAAAAAAGAACAAAUAGAAAGAAAAUUAAACAUAGAAAAGUAUGUCAGCUGGUUAAAUGAGAAUGGAGCACAAUUUGAAGGUGUCCAGAUAACUGAAUUUGAUGGCUAUGAAUUUGGUUUAAAGGCUACCAAAGAAUUUACUGAAGGAUCACUUAUCCUCACAGUACCAUGUAAGGUGAUGAUGAGUGAAAAUAAUGCAAAAGAAUCUGAUUUAUCACCAUAUAUUAAUGUUGAUCCACUAUUACAAAAUAUGCCAAAUAUUACUUUAGCAUUAUUUCUUUUAUAUGAAAAGAGUAACCCAGAUUCAUUCUGGAAGCCAUAUAUAGAUAUCUUACCAGAAAAAUAUCCUACAGUACUUUAUUAUACUUCAGAUGAAUUAGCUGAACUUCGGCCUUCACCUACAUUUGAAUCAUCAUUAAAAUUGUAUAGAAGUAUUGCUAGGCAAUAUGCAUACUUUUAUAUUAAAAUACAUACUUUAGGUAUACCAGUACUCAAGAAUUUACAAGAUAUAUUUACUUUUGAAAAUUACAGG